AGCAGCUGUUGGAUCGAUGGGCGGCCUGACCCAACGAAAAUAAACAUACAUGAAAACACAGGGCAGCGUUCGGGUAUUUUUUACAGACUGUCAGAGAGCAAAUGUGUUAGUUGUGCGUGUAUGUUCUCACAUUGUUAUUUAGUUAAAGCAAAUUUAAAUAUUCGUACAGUAACUUCUUCGAGUCAAAAAUGUAUUUGUUAAGCUUUUGAAAUUACAUGUAAUUACGUGCAGGCACAUUCAUAAGAAAUUGUUGAGUUGAAAAUUAAAAUUUUAGAAGAACAAUACUGACUGUUUAAAAAGCAAUUAUUGACCACGAGUACGUGCAAACUAAAGCUGUUGUGUAUACGUGCACAGUACAACACCAUCCAUAGAAUUCACAAAUCCCACCUGCACACUUAACACUAUACCGAUACUGUCACAAUAUGCUGUUGGUUUAGGUCCAAAACCAGUGAAUAUCUUUUUAUGCUAACCGGCACGUAUAAAACCAUCGGGUCGAUAAUCAGCUUUUGGCCUCGCAUGACGCAAUAUGUCUUACCGUUCGCUGGCCGCUGACCGUGUGUACAAAGCGACCACGGACGACCUGCAGCCGGAGCGGAAGAAUUCUGUCGGUACUGUAUUUAAAAAGGCAUUUGGUUCAUUAAGCUCAAGCCCCCGGCGCAGGCUGUCCGAACCGCUUAUGCAAGGCGUGCCUGUUAUAGGAAGUGGCAACGUCAACACACCACUCAGAAAAAUGCCUACGUCUGUAAUUUCCGAAGAAGCAUCGCUAUUGAGCAGUAUGCGGUCGGAUACUAUGGAAGAAGUGGAACUAACAGGGGUGCGCCCUUCCUUGCCUGCUGUACGGACAUUUACCAGAAGUAAUACGGGAGUGGAAGAAGUUUAUGUAGAUACUGACAACGGCCCAGUAUGUGUGGCUGUACAAGGAGAUAGAUCCAGGCCGCCUAUACUCACAUAUCAUGAUCUUGGAUUAAAUUAUAUUACGAGCUUUCAAACAUUUUUCAAUUACAGUGGAAUGCGAAACCUCACAUCCAAUUUUUGUAUUUACCAUGUAAAUGCACCGGGACAAGAAGAAGGAGCACCUCCACUACCCGACAAUUAUGUAUAUCCUACAAUGGACGAAUUGGCGAAUCAAUUGGAUAAUGUGUUAAAAUAUUUUGAUUUAAAAUCUGUUGUUGGACUUGGAGUUGGUACCGGUGGAAAUAUUUUAGCUAGAUUUGCUUUUAAACAGCCACUUAAGAUCGAAGCUCUAGUUCUUGUUAACGUCGUGUCUACCUCGGCAGGUUGGAUAGAAUACGGAUACCAAAAAUUAAAUGCUAGAUACUUGAAAUCUAAAGGAAUGACUCAAGGUGUUUUAGAUUAUCUAAUGUGGUACCAUUUUGGAAAAGGCACGGAAAUGAGAAACCACGAUCUCGCUCGAGUUUAUAGAGAAUACUUUGUACACAGUGUUCAUCCUGGAAAUUUGGCCGCUUUUAUUGAUUCAUAUGUGAGACGGACUGAUUUGGGCAUAAGUAGAAGUACCCCAACAUCGGAAUCAAGUUCAGCCGGUCGAAGACCCAGUAUGACUACCACACUUCAAAUGCCUAUUAUUAACGUUUGUGGUGCUUUGUCUCCACAUCAAGAGGAUACUGUAACACUUAAUUCCAAACUAGAUCCAACAAAAUCGUCAUGGAUGAAAAUUUCGGAGUGUAGUAUGGUGUUAGAAGAAGUACCUCAUAAAAUGUGUGAGGUACUCAGACUUUUUUUACAAGGACUCGGUUACGCUGUGAGACUAGGCCGACCGCCCUUGACGGUGUCCAGAUCAGCUGAAGUGAUAUUAAAAUCCAUAAAGCAGUCAGAUUCCAAAGAUAGUGUUCGCAGUUCACCUUGGCCAUUUAGAAUCACCGAAAAUCCGUUAACAGCAUAAUAUUAUGCUAACGCAAGAAAAGUGGUUGGUGCUACAGUAACAGUUCUACAAUAAUUAGAUAUAUUCGUUAAUUUUUAAGAAUAAAGUGAUAAUAUUUGUACUCAAUCUGGUUUUUGCGAGGAGUAUUAAAAUAUUAUUGGUUUUGUAAACGGAUUGUGCCUCCUUUUUUUUUUUAGUUAUGUGUCGAUUGUUGGCCCCAUAAGGCAAAGGUUGAUUAUACAUUAUUAUUAUUUAUAUUUUAGGAAUCAUUUUUUUUAAUUAUUAUUUUAGGAGUUCAUCCUAUAAAUUAGAAUAAUAAUUUUUAAUAGAUAGAUAAGAGUCAUAUCAAUAAAAUUUCAUUCAGUGUUUGCUGUACAAACUUAUGGGAAUUUAGUGUAACUAUAAUGAUUUGCCUAAAAGAGUUAGAUAAAAUAGACUGCACGAAGCACUUGCGCUUAAGAUUUUUUUUUAUGUAUGUUGUUAACUAUUGAUGUUAAUAGAUUAUUAAGUGUUGCUGUUAUUUAAUCUGAUAUUGUAUACAUAUUAUGGACGUUAACGUUCUGUAAUAUAAAAUGGAAUGUGAUAAGUAAUAACAAUAAAAUUAAUUAUACGUAUUUGUAAUAUUAAUUGUUUUAUGUAAUAAUGAUAGUAAAAUUUUGUCAAUCCAUAUUAGAAAAAAUGAGGAAUAAUAAACUGUUCAUAUUAUAUUGCACGAAUUAAAAAUAAAGGAUCCUUUAUUUUCUAUUCUUCAAGGGAUGCCAUGUAAAGGAUAUGUCAUCCAGGUCCAGGUGACUGUCCGAGUUGGCCUUUUAAAAUAGUGUGCCUAAACAAUUUUUGUCCUUUUAUUUAAUUUACAAAAACAAAUUCAAGUGAUUAGAUUUUUAGUUUUGAUGCGAAUGUGAGAAGGUAUUAAUUUUAUUUUACUAUGAUGUUUUUUUGUCUGUCUCCACUUUUUCUUAGUACCUACUUAAUGAAUUUUGUACAACGAUACGUUAAAAUACCUUCGAUUACAGUAAAUGAGGUAAAUAAUACAAAAAAUAAGAUUAUUGAAUUGGCAAAUGUCAAUAUUUUUUCUACAAAUAUUUGAAGACUGGAAAUUGAUCUACUGUUUAUGUAACGGACAACAUCACAGAAACUUGUUUGUAUCCAUAUUGUUUAUUAUACAAUUUGCAACAUACAACAAAGAUAUUUUAAUAUAAAAUUAUUGGAGUUAUGAUAAAUAUAAGUUUAUUUAAUAAAAUAAUGUUACAAAGAAAAAAAAAAUUAAAAUAAAGUAAAAAAAAAAGUAUAAUGAUAUCUGACAGUGAUUAAAAUCACUAUAAAAAAAACGCUUCGAUGCAAAUCUUUAGAUACUGUUUAAUUUUAAAAAAUUGGUGGACUAUUCCAAAAGCUACAUGAUCUGCUAGUUCAUUAUUAAUAUCCUAAUUAAGAUAAAGUAUGUAGAAUGAAAAAGGGAUUAUUAAAAAAUAUUAUUUCUCAUAAAAAAAUAAUGUUGAUCAAUACACUUUUCAAUAAGUUAUAGCAUUAUAAAGUUAAAAAUGUAAAAAAUAAAAUUGAGAAUUUUCACACAAUACUAGCAUUUGGUAGCCAUUUUCACCGUGAAGACAAAAUAAAGUCCGACAUUUUUUUUUUACGUAAUAAAGUAGAUUACAUUAGCUUUAAUUUAAUAUAUAUAUAAAAGUGUCAGACUUUCCUGAACACUUUCAAAAUUUAAGUUGAAAAAGUCAAUUUUUUGUGAAAAAUUUGUCAUUUUGAAUCCCCCCCUGUGGGCAGGUAAAAAGUCAGCUUUAUAAAAAAAAUAUACCAAAUGAUAGGUAAAGACAUCAUGCAUCUACAAAAAAAAGAUUAUAUUGAUCCAUACAUCUUUCAAAAAGUUAUAGCAUUAUAAAGUUAAAAAUAUAAAAAAGAAUUUUUUUACAAAAAUCGUAUUUUUUUUAUUAAGUUUAAUGUCUGUUUUCACCAUGAAGAUAAAAUAAAGUCCGAAAUUUUUUUUUUCCAUGAUAAAGUAUAUUACAUUAGCUUUAAUUUAAGAUAUAUAUAAAAGUGUCAGACCUUCCGGAACAUUUUCAAAAGUUAAGUUGAAAAAGUUAAUUUUUUUUGAAAAAGUUGUCAUUUUAAAUCCCCCCUUGUGGGCAGGUUAAGGGUUAAAUUUAUGAAAAAAAUAUACCAAAUGAAAGGUAAUGAUAUUAUGCAUCUAUAUAAAAAAGAAUUAUAUUGAUAUGUUCAUUUUUGAAAAAGUUAUGGCACUUUUAAGUAAAAAAAAUUGAAAAAAUUUCGAAAAUUAGCGAUUUUUAAAUUUGUAAUUUUUUUGGAGGUUUCCCCCUUUUACGGGGAACGAGGGAAUUUUUUUCAAUUUUUAAGGGUAAUGUCUUCGACUAGAUACGAUUUGUGAUCUUUUGACGUAUCAUUGAAAGAAAUCGGUUCGGUGAGAGCUGAGAAAAAGUGGUAACAGACACAAAAAAAAAAAAAAAAAAAACA